AUUUUUAUUAAUUCAAAUAAAUUAUUAUUUGCAAAUACUAUAAUUGUUGGGGUUAUAGUAUCAAUUUGCUCAAAUAAUUGAUUUAUAAUUUGAUCAGGGAUAGAAAUCAGCUUAAUAUGCUUAACCCCCUUAAUAUCAGGGUAUAAUAUAAUUACAUCAGAAUGUAUAAUGAAACACUUUAUUGUGCAAGGGGUAAGAUCAUCAAUUUUAAUUUUAGGGCUGGUUAUAAGAUUAUUAUAUUUUAAUUAUAGAAACAAUUUAGUUUUAAUUAGAGUAUUAAUUAAAUUAGGUAUAGCACCAUUUCAUAACUGAGUAUUAGUAGUAGUUGAAGGACUUAGAUAUUGAGUGAAUUUUAUAUUAUUAACUUUAAUUAAAAUUGCCCCAUUGACUUUAAUGAGAUACAUUAAUUUAAAUACUAAUUUUUACGUAAUUUUAUCUUUAAUUGUAGGUUCUUUAUUUGCACUAAAUCAAUCAUCUAUUCGAAAAAUUAUAGCUUAUUCAUCCAUUUUCAAUUUAGGCUUUAUAUCUAUUUCUUCAAUAAAUAAUUCUAUUUGAGUAAUUUAUUUUAUAAUUUAUUCAUUAAUUCUAUCUAAUUUAUUUUUUUUUAUAAAAAAAUUAAACAUUAAUUAUAUUAACCAAAUUAUUAUUAAUGAAUUUACCCCUGAAGUUAGGAUUUCAAUUUGAAUUUUAGUAUUAUCUUUAGGCGGAAUACCACCUUUAAUUGAAUUUAUAGGUAAACUUAUAGUAUUUGAAAUGCUUAUAUCAAUAGGUCAGAUUUUAAUUUUAACAAUUAUAGUAUUGACAUCAUUAUUAGUAAUAUUUUACUAUAUUCGUAUAAUAUAUCUUUCUUUAAUAUUUAGAUCAUUAAUUUUAAAAUGAAAUAAGUUAAACUUAAUUAAUAUAACAAUUAUUAUUUUUUUAUUGAAUUUUAUAAUAUCCCCUAUAUUCAUUAUAAUUAAAUCAUUAAUUUAA